GCCUCCUCUAGUUAUCUAGCUAAUCCCACAAUUCACGUUGGAUCUCUCAUUCUAUUCCUCUACUUUUUUGUUUUUUUUUUUUUUCACACAAAAAACGAGAGGGAAAAAUAGAGAGGGAGAAAGAGAGAGAAAAGAAAAAUCUAGCAUUCCCAGAGAGAAAACUGCAUUGGGAGUUCCCUUUGCAUGUCUCUCCUCCUUCGAUGGGUUGUGGGGUUUCAAAAUUUGACCACGCAGCAGGAGGAGGAGGAUGGCGUCAAUUAAGCAUUGUUCAUAAAAAGAGUGACGCUGCUGUGGUUGAUAACAUCCUAUUAUCCAAGUCAUUGCCUGAAGGUAGGGAAGGAGAAGGCCAUGCAAAGGGUCGUGGUAUGCAUAAAAAGGCGAAUUCCGAUGAAAAAGGAGGGAUGCAAAGGGGAAGGCUUCAAAGUAGUAACAAGGGUGAGAGUCUUGAGGACGAUGGAUAUAUACCUCAGUCUCUAAGUUUCAGGGUAUAUUGCAUUUCAUCUUUGGAGGAUGACAACAACCAAGGUGAUGGUAAUGCAGAGAAGAUGACGGACAAACAAGAAGGGGAUGGUGAAAGUAACAAGGGAUCAAGUACUCGAGUGAGAAGGAGAGCUAAGAUAGGAAAAGGGAUCAAGACGAUUUUAAGAGCAUAAGGUGUGCAAAUUGCAGGGUUUGGUUUGUUGGUGAGAUACUAGAACAACGUUGAAGGCUGCCGUCAUGUAAUGUAUAUAGGGCUUCAUUUGCUUUAUUUUUUUUUUUUCAUUUGCAGAUAUGUUUUCAGGUCUUGAAGGAACAUGACAUUGUUCCCCUAUUCUUUUCUUUGUUGUAUCAUAAAAGACCAUGAAAACUGACAUGUGACCUCAGUGUUUUUUUUUUUUUAUAUAUAUAUUU